GCCUUGAUUCGAUGGAAGGUAUAGACAUGCAGCGGUUUGGGGUUGUGAUUGGCUCCGGUAUUGGGGGUUUAGGGUUUAUGGAGCAGCAAGACAAUGUGCUGCGCACCUCCGGCCCCAGACGCGUUUCCCCCUACCUCAUCCCCGCUAUGAUCGCUAACACUGCACCUGCUCAAGUGGCGAUUGAAAUCGGUGCGAAGGGCCCCAACCACGGCGCUGUUUCUGCAUGCGCCACCUCAGGGCAUGCGAUUGGGGCUGCUCUUCGCCUUCUUCAGUCAGGGGACGCGGAUAUUGUGUUGUGCGGCGGUGCUGAGGCGUCAAUAACGCGGCUGUCGUUUGCUGGGUUCAAUGCUCUUAAGGCGUUGGCCCUGGGCUUUAAUGAUAGACCAAAAGAAGCAUGUCGCCCCUUCGAUAAGAAUAGAUCAGGAUUCGUUAUGGGAGAAGGAGCAGGAGUGAUUGUCCUGGAAACAGAAGAGCAUGCAGUUCGCCGCGGCGCCGCUCAGGUCUACGGACAGCUCGCGGGCUACGGAGCCUCUUGCGACGCCCAUCAUAUCACAGCCCCCUCCCCAGAGGGAGAUGGGCUUGCUCGCUGCAUGGAAUUGGCCCUCCAAGAUGCUGGGGUUGCACCGGAGGACGUGGGGUAUAUUAAUGCCCACGGCACUUCAACACAUUACAACGACAAGAUUGAAACAAAAGCAAUUAAAAAACCAAUGACUGGGCACUGCCUUGGAGCAACAGCAGGCAUUGAAACCGUCGUUGCAGCAAAAGUGCUGCAGACAGGCAAUGUUCCCCCCACUUUGAAUUACACAACUCCCGAUCCCGAGUGCGACUUAAAUUAUGUACCGAACAAAGCUGCUGUGCUAACAGAUACUUUGGGUUUCGGCGGUCACAACGCCGCGCUCGUCUUGACACAGUACAAAAAGCUUUGA